GGAAGUAUAGGGCAGUAAGACUUAGUAGUAUUCUAGACUGGCAGGACUUGAGGCAUUUUCUGUUGCAUCUUUGUUUGGACACAGUGAGAAACUACGGAGCCCCCGUAAGAAACAGCAACUGAUCUCCAAGGCAGUUCUUUUGUUUUUACAGUCUAUGGUUCCUGCAUGACACAGGACAGUAUGUAAAAAUGUUGUUCAAACUUUGACCUGUGCAGGUCAGUAAUACGCUUAGCAGCGUUUACACUGCCGGAGUUAUAGAAGAAGAAGAAGAAGACGCACGGAAAUUGCGUAGCUAUAUCUACUGCUGCACCAGCGUGCUAACGUUAAAGCACCGGGAGCGGAAGCGGUGUGCAGUCAUGUGGCCUAUAGUUUGGACGGCGGUACGGACCUAUGCCCCUUAUGUGACCUUCCCUGUUGCCUUUGUGGUGGGGGCAGUGGGCUACCACCUGGAGUGGUUUAUCAGGGGGACCCCUAAACCUCGAGAGGAGAAGAGCAUCCUGGAACUGAGGGAGGACAGGAAGCUGGAGGAACAAGAGGGCAUGGACAGCACUCAGGUGCUUAGCCUGAAAGAGAAACUGGAGUUCACACCUAGAGCAGCUCUGAACAGGAACAGACCGGAAAAGAGCUAACCCGUGUUGGUGUGAGAGACUUGCGUUUACCCUUUCUCAGCAGGAGGAUAAUUCAUCGGAGGCAAAAGGGGGGUGAACCAGAAGGCAAAAACACCCAUUCUUCCCAUUUACCUCAGCCAUACAUCCUCACUAGUGCAUCAGCUUGCCUGUGUACAUAUCUGCUACUUUUAAGAAGAUAGAGGGUAAUUAAAAAAACAACAACAUACAUUUGGUCUUUCACCAAGUCAAAUAUAGCUUAUAUGUGCUGUAUGUGAUUCUUUGACUUUCCCCUUGAUGUCGUACAUGCCUGUUCGUGCAUUGAUGAGUAACUAAACUAAGAUACUAUCAUUAAAACCCCUUAAAUAUGGACAGGGUUUGAUGGGAAUUGGUCAUUUUCUGUUUUAUUUAUAUCUAUCUAUUUGUGGUAUUAUGGCACAAAUGUUAUUGUGUCCCUGCUUUUAAAUCCCACACAAAUGGUGCAAGAGAUGGCCAAAAUGCAAAUAAUUUCCAUGUUCCAAGCCAGUCAAAAAGUCUUUCUCCUUUUAAUCAUUUCUGUAAGUUUGAGACAGGACUUCUGAUUGUUAACAUAAAAGCAGAGGAAGAGAGACAGGUCUUUGUUGUAGUUCUUUUUUUUUUUUAAAUCUCAUGUAACUUUUGAUGGUAUGUGACAAAAUAAGCCAACAGUGUGGGAGGUCUCUCAGGAAGUUUAAGCUGCUUAGUCCUAUUGUCUGGAACAUCUACAUAAUACUUUCAUUUUAGAAAGUCUGGAAGGUCUGUGACAAAUAUGAUGAAUAAAGGAAAUUGCAUGCUACUGUA